UACUCACACCUCACUGACUCUGGACACACACGGGGCAGAGACACUCACAAUAUUAACAAACACAGGCUCAUUUUAGUUGAAUCUGCCAAGAUGCCUUGUAUCAGCUCUCAUCUUGACCAGCUUGUGAAGACACCUUACAGCUACAAUGCUGUGGUUGAAAAAAUCUACAUGGUGGAGCAGAUCUUGUCAGAGUUCAGGCUGAAUAAAGAGGACCUAAAAGAAGUCAUGGAGAGGAUGCAACGUGAAAUGGACAGAGGACUGCGUUUAGAGACGCAUGAAGAGGCCAGUGUCAAAAUGCUUCCAACUUACGUCUGCUCCACUCCUGAGGGAUCAGAGGUGGGUGAUUUCUUGGCUCUGGACCUGGGGGGGACAAACUUCCGUGUUAUGCUUGUGAAAGUGGGUGAAGAUGAGGAGAGGAGCUUUAAGGUGGAAACAAAGCAUCAAAUGUACUCCAUCCCUGAAGAUGCCAUGACCGGCACUGCUGAAAUGUUAUUUGACUACAUAGCAGAGUGUAUGUCAGACUUUUUGGACAAACACCACAUCAAGCACAAGAAGCUUCCUUUGGGCUUUACCUUCUCCUUUCCAGUACGACAUGAGGACAUUGACAAGGGAAUCCUGCUCAACUGGACCAAAGGCUUCAAGGCUUCUGGAGCAGAAGGAAACAAUGUUGUGGGUUUGCUCAGAGAUGCUAUCAAGAGACGAGGGGACUUUGAGAUGGAUGUUGUUGCCAUGGUGAAUGACACAGUAGCCACCAUGAUUUCCUGCUAUUAUGAGGAUCGCAGCUGUGAAGUUGGAAUGAUUGUUGGUACUGGCUGUAAUGCAUGUUAUAUGGAAGAGAUGAGGACCGUGGAGCUGGUGGAAGGAGAGAAAGGUCGGAUGUGUGUGAACACAGAGUGGGGGGCUUUUGGAGACAAUGGAGAGCUGGAAGACUUCAGACUGGAGUAUGACAGAGUGGUGGACGAAUCCUCCAUUAACCCCGGACAGCAACUAUAUGAGAAGCUGAUCAGUGGGAAGUACAUGGGGGAGCUGGUGAGGCUUGUUCUGAUGAAGUUGGUAAAUGAAGACCUACUGUUUAAUGGCGAAGCCUCCGAGAAGCUGAAGACACGUGGCAGCUUUGAGACACGCUUUGUAUCCCAGGUGGAGAGUGACUCUGGGGACAGAAAACAAAUCUACAAUAUCCUGUCUUCACUGGAUGUUCUUCCCUCAGAACUGGACUGUGACAUUGUGCGUCUAGUCUGUGAGAGCGUUUCUACUCGUUCUGCUCAUAUGUGCGGUGCAGGGCUCGCUGGUGUGAUCAAUAGGAUGCGGGAGCGACGCAAUGAAGAAGCCAUGAAGAUCACAGUUGGAGUAGACGGCUCUGUCUACAAGUUGCAUCCAUGUUUCCGUGACAGGUUCCACAAAGUUGUCAGGGAACUCUCUCCUCUCUGCAAAAUCACCUUCAUCCAGUCGGAGGAGGGAAGUGGUCGUGGAGCAGCUCUCAUCUCAGCAGUGGCCUGCAAGAUGGCUGCAUACACGCUGACACAGUAAGAAAAGCUAUGCACUGAAACAGCAGUGGAAAAGGGCCUGAACUCUGAUUGGAUUAGUCAUCAAAGAUGUGCCACUGACGUCGUUUUCCAGCUUCAGGAUGUCUCGGGCAAACUGAGUACUCAUCAGUGAAAGAUUAGAGGACAAGAAUGCAUCAAAUAACUUUUAUUAUAAACUGUAUUUAAUAUCAGACCAGCCUGAAGGUUGAUCAUCAUCACCUAAAACAUUAGGUAGCAUGAAAACACAUGUAAGACACAUGCUCUAUGUGUGUUGCUAUUAGUUUCAAGUACAGACUGAAGUCUUUAAAAACAUAUUACUGGUGAUAGUGUAUUAUGAAACCAGAUGAAACUGGUUCAUGUACAACACAAGAAUUUUGUAAAUGCUGCUAUAAAUUAUGACUAAAUC